AUGUUGAGUUUGGCUGAGCGGUAUUAUCAGAUUGUGCUCGCACAAGGAGUGUGCGUGGGGAUCGGGAGCGGAAUGGUAUAUGUGUCAUCGCUGGCGAUGGUGUCGAUUUCUUUUGUCGAGCACCGGGCCCUAGCAUUGGCAACUGUGACGAGUGGAGCAGCUAUUGGCGGAGUUGUAUAUCCCAUUGCUCUGCAGAGGCUGCUUCCAUUAGUGGGUUUCGGAUGGUCCACUCGCAUUCUGGGCUUCAUGGCGCUCUUCACUUUCCUUGUUGGAGUGCCGCUGGUGUUAUGGCACAAUGGGGACAAAUUCAAGCCCAAAGCGCCGCGAGCCUUCCUCGACACCAGCGCUCUGAGAGAGAAGCCGUUCGUGGCAUUCUGCGUGGCCAUGUUCCUUGUUUUCCUGGCGUACUACGUGCCCUUCUUCUAUCUGCCAGACUUCGCCCAGGAAAAAGUCGGAUCAUCAACUGAUUUUAGCGUCUAUCUGUUGGCGAUGACCAACGCGGCAACGUUCCCCAGCCGCUUCAUCUCUGCAAUGGCUGCCAGGUCCAUUGGCCGGCUCAAUACAUUGUCCAUCUGUGUUGGUGCUUCGACUAUAGUCUUAUUGUCCUGGAUCGGAGUGUCGUCGCUGGCUGGACUGGACGUUUGGGCUGUUUUCUGGGGCUUCACAGCUGGGCCCCUUGUUACCAUACCUGCGGCAGUUGUCCCACAGCUAUCGCCAAGCCCUGGGGUAGUGGGGACUCGCAUGGGCAUGAUAUGGCUGUGUGCUGCCAUGGGUGAGUGCAUAUACCAGCCGAGAUCUCGUGUCAUCGAGGCAGGUUGCUAA